CCAGCUUUUAGUGUUUGCGUGAGGGACACCCAAACGCAAAGUCAGAAGAUGAUUGGUGUUUCCUUGUACAAAGUACAAGUCAUGCAGCCUGCCAGCUCCUACCCCGUCCCGAGGCUACAAGCACCGCGCCCUUCUUGGGGAAGAGAGAAAGUAAAAGCGAAACCACGUCCCUUUGCCAACCAGACUGACAGAGCUCAGAUCCGAGGCGGACAGAGCAGAGCGACCACCGCCCCCUGGCUGGAUCGGCCGCGGGCCAUGGCGUGGGCAGGGAGCUCCGCUGGGCCGCGGUGCGUGCUGCUCCUGGGUCUCGGCGGCUUGCUCCAGCUGGCAGAAACUCUUCAAGUGCUGAUGGGAAGCACCCCACAAAUAGUGUCACUGAAUGAUAACAUCUUCAUACCAUGCACGAUCUCUGGGUACAAUACAGAAGAACUGGAUAUCAAGAAUGUGGGAGUUACCUGGUAUCUUAAACCUCCAAGAGCAGACCAAAAAGAGGAAGUAUUCACAUUUCUGACUGGAGAACAUUUUCCUCGUAGAAAUGGGGCCAGUAUGUCUGACAGUGACCUGAGAAGAGGAAAUGCUGCACUCUCUCUACCACAGAUACAGUUUAAGGAAGCAGGAACAUAUACCUGCCACGUUACUGUCACCCCUUUUGAUGCUCAGGGAACAGUUGUUUUAGAGGUAGUUGAAAGAGCAGAGAAUAACAAAACCGACAAGGUCCUAAUGAACAUCUGUGCUGUUUAUCAUCCAAGUAAUAUUCUCUACUGCAGUCAUAUUUCUGGGGAAAGAUGA